AUGACGGGUUUACCCUUCUCCUUAGUCUGUGCGCUAUCAUAUACUCUAAUCCAAAAUGGGGCAACCUUUGUUAGUGUAGAUAAAAUUCCAAAUCCAAGAGAUGGAAGUCCAGCAUUGUUGAUUCAAGAUGAUGGUGGUGGCAUGGAUUCGGAAGCAAUGCGUCGCUGCAUGAGUUUUGGAUUUUCAGAUAAAAAUUCCAAGCUUGCUAUUGGACAGUAUGGAAAUGGCUUCAAGACCAGCAGUAUGAGGCUUGGUGCAGAUGCUAUAGUCUUCAGUCGCCAUCUGAAUAAUGGGAUUUUGACUCAAAGCAUUGGACUUUUGUCAUAUACAUUUCUGAUGCAAACACAACUCGACAGAAUAGUAGUACCAAUGGUGAAUUAUGAGUAUAAUACCUCAACUUCAUCGUUGGAUGUGUUAAAUGGCAAAGAACAUUUUAUGGCAAAUUUAGAAUUGCUGUUGCGUUGGUCACCAUAUUCAUCCGAAGCAGAUCUUCUGAAACAAUUUCAAGACAUGGGAUCGUACGGUACUAAAGUUAUUGUCUACAAUUUGUGGUUCAACGAUGAGGGGAUUACGGAGUUAGAUUUUGAUACAGAUCCCAAGGAUAUUCGCAUUGCUUGGGAUGUCAAGAAGAUCAGUACUAUACCUACACGGAAGAGAAUCCAAGAGGAACAUAUUGCAAAAACAUUUCGUUACUCAUUACGUGUGUACUUGUCCAUAUUGUACUUGCGGUUACCAAAAACUUUCCAAAUUAUAUUGAGAGGGCAAGCUGUGAAGCCACAUAGCAUUGCUGACGAUCUUAAACUUGUUGAAUUUAUCAAAUAUACACCGCAAUGUGCUGGACCUGUAGAGGAACUUUUUGUAACAAUUGGAUUUCUUAAGGAAGCCCCUCAUGUCAAUAUCCAUGGUUUCAAUGUAUAUCACAAACAUCGGCUGAUACUGCCAUUUUGGCAGGUUGUAAGAUAUCAACACAGUAGAGGCAGAGGAGUUGUUGGUAUCAUGCAAGCAGAUUUUGUUGAGCCAACUCAUGAUAAACAAGAUUUUGAGAAAACUUCCUUGUUUCAAAAGCUAGAAGCGCGGUUAAAGUCAAUGACAUGGGAGUACUGGGAUACUCAUUUUAAACUAAUUGGAUAUCGGGCGGAAGAUAAGACUCGGACUCGAGUUACCAAACCACUUCCUUCAUUGCAAAAAUCACUUGGAUAUCAUAAUAAGAGGAAGACAGAUGAACCGAUAGACCUUCAGAAGAGGAAAAAACAUGCAAGUGAAGAAUAUGUAACUGGUCUUGGUUUCGGUCAGAAUAAACAGAUCACCACAACUCCUGCAGACGAGGUUGUAAACCCAGAGACUAUAAAUUUGAUGCAAGAAAAUAAGAAACUACAUACAGAAUGUUUAGAAUUGGAAAAGAGAGGUGAAGAACUUAAUUCCAAGGUGGUGGAGCUUAGAAGUAAAAUAGAGGAAGCCCAAAAUGAAUAUAAUCAGCUUUUAGCUGAACUGCAGUCCUUAGACGUGAAAGAGGAGUAG